AUGCCAAUUCAAUGGACGAAACGCAGCACCACCCGAGAUCCAUGUACUGCCUUCGACUACGGUGUCACACCGGGGUCGGUACGGAGGGUGCGAUUUGCGGAAGACUCGCUGUGCAGCUAUCAAGAAGCCCCUGCAUACGAUUCAACCUUUGACUCGGAUGUCGACAAUAUCUCCCCCAUUCCAUCGAGACAUCUUUACCGGAUAGGGGAAAAACACCUUGAGAACUCUCUAACCGCUAUGACUGACGGUGAUACCGAAACAGACAAUGGCGCCGCCUUGUCUGGCCACGACCGCAGCCGCACUGAGAGUCCGGAAGAGAAAUCAUUAGACUUUCUCUUCUAUGAUCGCGAAGGCAUUGAGACAGGUCUCCUCGAGUCCUUCGCCUCUUCUCCUGAUACCUCUAGCCCAUCCACUCCCCUAUCAAACGCUUUCGACCUCAUGGCUCGUGAUGUGUCUACGAGAUUCUCCACUGUCACGCUGGAAGAUCCUGAUAUCGGAUCCUUCUCGACUCCCUUGUUAAACCGAGGACUGCCUUCCCUGAGCGAGGACUCUUUGGGCAUCAUGUCCGACCUUGAUGACGCGUUUAGAGAGUUCGUCGAUUCGUUCAAGUCACUCAAAGAUCCUGUCGUUGAAGCAGGGGAAUACCAUGGGACUAGUGCUUCUGUGAAUAUCGAGGGCUCGGUGUCGGGAGGCUCUAGCUUGGUGGCAUCAUCCAGCAAGGGAUGGUCCGGACUGCAGUACAGGAGUCCCUCCGUCAGGCAAAACAAGCCUCCACCCAGGCUCUUCGCAGGACGCCACUCUCGCAGCGCGAUCCUGCGCUUAACCGACUCCAGAGCUGGGUUGCCGCCGGUGAACCUCAACUUCGGCUCAGAAGAAGAAGAGCCCGUCAAGCCCCGCUGCGCUUGA